AUCCAACCUCGACCCAGCCCCCAAAGAGAGAGAGCUCUGAAAAACCUCCAUCUCCAUAGCCAAGAAAGCUCAAACAAGCAAGGAGCUCAAGGAAGAAGAAAGAGUUGCAAAAGUUGGGAAAAACCUUGAGGUAAAGGUAUUUCAAGAGAUUUCACAAAGUAGAAAGGGUCGCCGGAGUUGUCGCCGGAGUUCAACCAAGGAGGGUAGAACUUCAUAGCGCUAAUUCGAGGUGAGUGGACGGCUUAAUAUCUUGUAACUUUUGGGUUAAUUAUGAGAUUACCUAAAUAAAUGUUAUAUAUUCAUAAUGAUGUUUAAAAGAUAUUUAAACAUGUGAUUGGCCAACAUGGUUAAGGUUGUAUGAAAUGAAUUAAUUGUUUAUGCAUGAAAUAUGAUGUGAGGAAUUAUAUAGAAAUGCAUAUUGUUUGAAGUGUAAGAGAAGCACAAAUGAAAGUUAUUAACUUAAUAUACGUAUAUAUGAUUAAGUUGAUACGUAUAAGACAUGAAAUAACGGUCAACGAAAACGUUGACCGAUUGAUAAGGGAUUAACCAAUACCGGUUGGUAUUAGUUAAUUAUAAAUCUAAAUAAGUGCAUGGCUUUGCAUGGAUUGAAAUACAUAAGUUUUAUGGGUUGAUUUAGCUAUGAAUGAAUAAAUAUGAUAUAGACUCUGUCUAGGUUGAUAGGAGGUUAAUCAUAGGAUUAUAAACUUGGUGGAGGACCCUAGGACUUAAAGUCCUUAACACUCAUAUUAUAAAUUGGUGGAGGACCCUAGGACUUAAAGUCCUUAACACUCAUAAUAUAAAUUGGUGGAGGACCCUAGGACUUAAAGUCCUUAACACUCAUAAUAUAAAUUGGUGGAGGACCCUAGGACUUAAAGUCCUUAACACUCAUAAUAUAAAUUGGUGGAGGACCCUAGGACUUAAAGUCUUUAACACUCGGAUUAUAAAUUGGUGGAGGACCCUAGGACUUAAAGUCUUUAACACUCGGAUUAUAAAUUGGUGGAGGACCCUAGGACUUAAAGUCCUUAACACUCAUAAUAUAAAUUGGUGGAGGACCCUAGGACUUAAAGUCCUUAACACUCGGAUUAUAAAUUGGUGGAGGACCCUAGGACUUAAAGUCCUUAACACUCAGAUUAUAAAUUGGUGGAGGACCCUAGGACUAAAAGUCGUUAACACUCUAAUAUAAAUUGGUGGAGUACCCAAGGAUUAUGUUAUCCUCAAAACUCAUAGAUUAUGAUAUUGAAAUAUGGACAAGGAGGAGUCCUAUACACUCAUAGGUAUAUGGGUGGGUUGAGGUUUUUAGUCAAGAAUAUUGACUAUUACUAUUUUCCCAAACAAAACAGCGAUCCACGGAUCGGGUAUUUUCUAAGUGUAUACCUACUAAUAAGUAUUUCUUAACUUGGGGGAAAAGACUAUUUAUAUAAGUAUCACCCUAUGUUUGGGUCUUAUACUUGAAACGCUAGUUAUUCUAUAUCUAGCCUGCUACUUGCUCGGUACUUGUACUGACCCCUUCGGGGCCCCCACCAUUUUCAAGUUGAAGCUAGGGCUUGCUACUUGCACCUUCUUACGGGUGAUAUCAGCUCAGGAAGACGUGGUUCGUGUUUCCUUAUUUUCUUUCAAACUACCGAGCACUUGCUCAUGGAUAUUUUAUGUACUAUAAAACUAUUUUGGGGCUUGCAUGCCUUUGUUGUUGGCCGGUUGUGGCUUAUGACUUACCGAUGAAUAUUUCCGCUAUUCAUUUGUUUAAAUGUGAAGUUGUUAUGUAUGUUUACUACUGAGUAUGGAUGGAUUGUUUUCUCAAACGCCUUGUAUGAUUAAGUGAGGUUGACUCGCGGGUGACGUCACUUGAUUAUACGGCGGUUGUACACGCGCUUAGAUUGCGGUCUGGGGCGUGACAAGGGUUGUCAUGGCUUUGGUGGCUCAUUUUGAUUUGGAGCUUCACCAAAUGGACGUGAAAACCGCCUUUCUGAACAGAGACUUAGAGGAAGAAGUGUAUAUGGAUCAACCAGAAGGAUUUUUGACCAGUGGUAAGGAAAAUCUUGUGUGUAAGCUACAAAAGUCAAUAUAUGGACUAAAACAAGCUUCCCGACAAUGGUAUCUUAAGUUUCAUAAUACCAUUUGUUCUUAUGGUUCUAUAGAGAACGCUGUUGAUCGGUGCAUCUAUAUGAAGGUCAGUGGGAGCAGAUUUGUAAUUUUAGUCCUAUAUGUUGAUGAUAUCUUGCUUGUUGCGAAUGAUAUGUCCAUGAUGCAUGAUGUUAAGAAGUUCAUUUCUAAAAACUUUGAGAUGAAAGAUAUGGACGAGGCAUCCUAUGUGAUUGGAAUUGAAAUAUUUUGAAACCAUUCACAAGGAAUUUUGGGUAUGUCUCAGAAAAGCUACAUCAAUCAGAUCUUAAAAAGAUUUAAUAUGGACAAAUGCUCUCCAGGUGUGGUUCCAAUUCAGAAGGAGGACAAGUUCAGUUUAUUACAAUGUCCUAAAAAUGAAUUGGAACGUAAGGAGAUGGAAAGAAUUCCCUAUGCGUCAGUGGUUGGAUGUUUGGGAUAUGUUCAGACUUGUACUCGUCCCGAUAUUAGUUUUGCUGUUGGAAUGCUGGGACGAUAUCAAAGUAAUCCCGGAAUAGACCACUAGAAAGCUGCAAAGAAAGUUUUGAGGUACUUGCAAGGCACCAAAGAUCACAUGCUUACAUUUAGAAGAUCCGAUCUGCUUGAGGUGAUUGGAUAUUCAGAUUCAGACUUUGCUGGAUGUGUCGAUAGUAGAAAGUCAACAUCUGAUUAUCUGUUCAUAUUGGCUGAAGGAGCAGUAUCUUGGAAGAGCGGUAAACAAACAGUUAUUGCUACUUCCACUAUGGAGGCUGAAUUUGUGGCAUGCUUUGAGGCCACUGUUCAUGGUUUGUGGCUGCGGAACUUUGUUUCAGGACUUAGAAUUGUCGACAGUAUAGCUAAGCCGCUGAAAAUUUAUUGUGAUAAUUCCGCACCAGUCUUCUUCACGAAGAAUGAUAGGUACAUUAAAGGUGUUAAGCACAUUGAUUUGAAGUACUUGCCAGUAAAGGAAGAGGUUCAGAAACAUAGAGUGUUUAUUGAGCAUAUUGGCACUGAACAAAUGGUUGCGGAUCCACGGACUAAAGGAUUGUCACCCAAGAUUUUUAAUAAUCAUGUAAUUAAUAUGGGUGUUGUUGAUAAAGCCUUGCUAUGAUAAUUUUGUCAGUGAUUUAUGUUAGCUCAUUUUUUAUAUAUAUCAUUGUUUAGACACUCAUCUGAAUUCAAUAAAGGUUAUGUUUUUGAUUUACUUGUUAUCUAUUUGAUUGUGAUCACAUAUAAUUAUUUGUAGUGAUAACAAGUGUUGAGGAUUUAAGUAUUCCUCAAAUUUAAGAUUUGAGACUUUCAGAUUUCUCAAAUGUUUCGGAUGAAUUAGAAUUGUCUUGUGAUACAUGGAAGGGAGCAUGUCAGUAUAAAUGGUGUGUAACCGCCAUGAUCCAUUCAAUUUCAAAUUCAGUUAAGUUUUUUUUUGAUGAGUUUGAUUUGAUGAAUAUUGCGC